ACGACGAAGUAUUUAGAAGAAAAGUACGUCCGUGUAAAGAUAACGUGUUCUUAAAAAGUAUAUACAUACUUUUAUUUUAAAAAUCCGUUCAUAUUCUUGAAAAUAUAGUACUUUUUAAACACGAUUACAGUUUUAGCUCUGUUUAAAAAUGGAAUGGAAGCUGGAGAGAAUUUCCCGUUUUAAGAUCAAAACGGAUGACACCAUUGUAUGGGAAACGAUUAUGAAAACGUUUGCUAAAGAUUUCAUAAGGACCAAGAGACACUAUCCUCUCAAGAUUGGAAAGACCACCGGUGGCACUAAAACAUCAUACACCAGAUUUAAAAGCAGAAUUGUCAAAAAACUACGCCGCGGCUACCCCAUUGCGAGUAGCCCUGUCACCACGGGGUGGCAGCAUUCCUACACUGUAGACGACGACACCGUUUGUCAAAGGCUGUCUCUGGACCUCUCUCCAGAAGGAAGCUCAAAGUCUCAGCUCACCCUGGUGGACUCCGAGCCGACUAUAAUACGUCAAGAGUCCACGCCUCAAAUUGAGGAUAAUAAUGUAAGGGAGUCUGACAACAGUUUGGGCAAGGACCCUUCAAAGACCACCUCUACACCUCUUAAGAAACAGGACUACUUGUUGAACAGCUGUCCUGAGAAGAAAACCGAUCUAGAAAAAACUACAAGAAUGUGUGUAAACUUUAUUAAAGGCUCAAGCAACAGCCUGGGGCCCUUCUCCAUUAAGACCAGCCCUUACAGAAGUAGCUGUGCCCUCUUAGAGUUGGACUUGCAGCUAAACAUCAGCGGACUCAGGAAUGAUUACUACUUAAACCUGCUUGACUGGAAUUCUGCAAACCUGAUUGCACUGGCUUUGGAUUCUACAACUUAUAUAUGGAAUGCUGAAACCCACAUGUUGGAAGGCAGUAUCCAUUUGAAACCAGGCACAAGCUAUAUUUCUUCGGUUUCCUGGGUUGAAGAUGGCAAUUUCCUUGCAAUUGGUACAAGUGAUGGUGCUGUUCAGGUGAAAAAAAUAUGGGACGUAGAAAGGAAAAAAAGAUUGAGGAACAUGACUGGACACCUUUCAGUAGUGGGUGCUUUGAGCUGGAAUAACCACAUUCUCAGCAGCGGUUCACUUUUAGGGUUAAUCUGUCACCAUGAUGUCAGAAUAGCCCACCACCAUGUGGGCACUUUGAGACAUAGGAAGGGUAUUUGUAGUUUGAAAUGGUCUCCUGGCGGUGCCCACCUCGCUAGUGGGUCAACAGACGGCAUCCUGAGUAUCUGGCCGAAUGACCCAGGAGUGACAGUGACCCAGCAGCCCGUCCAGUCGAUGUCCCAUCCCACAGCUGUAAAGGCCAUGGCGUGGUGUCCGUGGAAGACUGGAGUCGUGGCUGUUGGCGGGGGGAUGAAAGAUGGAGUUUUAAGAAUCUGGGAAACACAUACAGGAAACUGCAUCAAGUCCAGUCCCACUGACUCACAGGUUUGCUCAUUACUCUGGGUCCCCCAAACAAAGGAAAUUGUAAUAGGACAUGGUCUCCCUCAGAACCAAAUAAGCAUUUGGGACUUUCCAUCCAUUACUAAAAAGGCUGAGAUGCAUGCACAUAAUGGAAGGGUUCUGAAUUUAGCAUUAAGCCCAUGUGGAAGUAAGAUUUUUUCCUCGGGAUCAGAUGGAAUGGCUUGCAUCUGGAGAAACAGAGGAUCACAAGAGAAGUAAGGCAACAGCUGACAAUGACCAUGCUCUGCGUUCUUCGAAGGAAAUCAGGCACUGAAAAAAAGCAAUCCUGAUAUAUGCACAUUUUGGAGGAAAGGGUGCAAAGUCUUCAUCACCCCUGUACUGUUAAGAGGGUUGUAGUAUGCUGACUGAGCAAUGGCAAUUCCAAAUCACAAAUAUAUUCUUAACAUAUGAUAGUCAUUCAAAAUACUUCCAGAAGCGAGUUCUGAAGACAUUAUCUAUUACUAUCUUAUAUAUUGUAUACAUUGCAUAAAUGGUGAACUUCUGAAACAAUCCUCUUUCCCUGACAGAGAUGACAUUGCAUAAAUGUUGAACUUCUGAAACAAUCCUCUUUCCUUGACAGAGAUGACUCAAUGUGCCACUUCAUGCAGUAUGCUUUUAAAAUAUUUUUGACAGAAUGUUGAGUAACUGAUGAUUUAUAAUGGUGACUUAACAUCUAUAAUCAAAUGACUUUGACUCUUGGGCAUUGAAUGAUCUAGUUAACCUGUUUAAUUCCAAGCCUGGUGUUAACAAAGAAAGGAGCCAAUAUGUCCAUGCUUAUCAAGAGAACAAUGCCUUCAUACAAUUGCUAUAUUGGAGUUUGUAUCAACCCAUACAUUUUGUGACCUGUCAAAAUGUUAUAACCAAACAAAUUCCAUCAACAGUAGGCUACAAUCUGAGAGUCCAUAAGUCAUGAUGCAUCAUGACGCAGUAUAAGGAAUGCUGGGGAUGUUAACACUUGAUAAUCUGGGCAGGAGUGUCUAGAAUUUUAUAUUAAGUGGUGGCAACCUGAAUGCAUGGAGCCACACAGACCAAGUCUGGGGAUUUCACUUGCUGCCCUGGUGUGACAACCGUCCAGCAGGGCAAUGCACAUCCUCACACGUGUGUAACAGUGGCUUGCUUGCGAGAUGAGAACAGGACAGUUAUAUCAUGGAUGGCCUGCUCACCAGACUUGAGGCCCAUUGAACAUUUGCGAUUUGCUUGGGGGGAUGAGGAAACUAGGGCUCAGAUACGAGGGAACAGAGGCACUGUAUGCUUAACAAGAUUUUACAAGGCAAAUGGAGUGGAAUCCCAAACUGCAGCAUCUGCAGCCUUCUGGAAAUCAUAUAUAUAAACAGCGUACUAUUUCAAUAAUGGCCACACACUAUUUAGCCAGCAGCUAUAUCACCCUGCAGUUCAUGACUGGCAGCCCACUACAGCUAAGCAGCUGUGAGCCUGUCAGUACCUGGAUGGGAGAGGUAAAUUUAUUGCUGGAAGAGGUGUUAGUG